UAAUUUUAUUAUUCAAACUCAAAAUCUAUUUUUCUAUCUAUUUUUAAUAUUCUAUUAUACUAUAUCAAUUUUACGAAUUCAAUUAUUCUAAUUCAUUAUGUCACAACAAAAUAUUGACACAAAACCUAAAUUUUGCGAACAAAAUGUUCCGCUAAAUACUUUAUUACAAUUAAUACCGGAUUUCGAUACAACACAAUCGGGUCAAGUAUAUAAGUUCAUAAGAUCGUGCGAUUCAGCUUUUAAAUUAGCAAGUCUAGAGCAGGAAGAAAUUUUAUUAAUUUAUGCUUUAAAUAAAAUAAGUGGGAAUACUUCUUCUGAUAUCCACGCGAAACUAUACUCAAACUGGGACGACUUAAAAACGUUCCUUAUACAAAAAUUUUCGCAAACAAAAACUCUUUCACAUCUAAAUCUCGAACUACAAUCACUCUUUCAGAAACCAAAUGAAUCGGUAACGGAAUUUUUCCACCGCGUAGAUUUAUGUAGAAAUAAAAUUUUAGAAAAAUUAACAACUGAAGUGGUAGAUGCGACAUUAAUAGGACGGAAAACUACUACGGAAGAAACAGCUCUGAACGUUUUUAUUAAUGGAUUGAGUUCUGACAUAGGUGUAAUGUUGAGAACAAAAGGUUUUGAUUCAUUAACUCAUGCUGGAAACUUUGCAAUUCAAGAAGAAAAAAUUCGAAAAAUGAAUACGGCUAGGCAAAGUUUGUUUAAAAAUAGUCGAAUAACAACACCGCUAUAUAGCAAUGUCGUUCGUCAACCACCUCAGAUCAAUCAACCUCAAAUACAUAAACCACCAGAUAAACAUACUAUUAAUACCAAUCCGCGAAAAUUUAUUAUAUGUAGUUAUUGUAAAAAACCCGGACAUCAUAUAACUAAUUGUAGAAAGAGAAUAUUUAAUAAUAGUCGUAAUAACCAAUUUCCGCGAAAUAAUCCGGCUCCAGUUCGAGUAAAUCAUUUAAACUUGCAACCGGCCGAGCUGACGGGCACAGUUUCGGAAACGGUUCCCACGUAUUGCCCAAAUAUUUCAAUGAUCACCGAGGGUCAGGAUAUUACCCUAGAACCUCAAAUAAACGAUCUUCAAAUUCAGUAA